AUGUUGGUUUCAACAUUGAUGGUGUUUAUGUUCUUCUUCAACAUUCACCAUCUUCAUGUUUUGAGUUGUCCCGAUACAACGUCGACAACAAAUUGUACGGAUCAAGACAGGAAACUAUUGGAGUUUCCAUUGAAUCUUGAGUACCUUGAAGCUGAGUUUUUCUUGUUUGGAGCAUUAGGGUUUGGUCUUGAUAAAGUUGCACCAAAUUUAACAAUGGGUGGACCAAGUCCUCUUGGAGCUCAAAAAGCUAAUCUUGAUCCUUUAACAAGAGAUAUUAUUUUGCAAUUUGCUUGGCAAGAAGUUGGCCACUUGAGGGCAAUCAAGAAAACGGUGAAAGGAUUUGCAAGGCCACAACUUGAUUUGAGUGUAAAAUCAUUUGCGAAAGUAAUGGAUAAAGCAUUUGGAAGAAAACUUGUUCCACCAUUUAAUCCUUAUGCCAAUUCUUACAAUUACCUCAUUGCUUCUUAUUUGGUUCCUUAUGUUGGUCUCACCGGUUACGUUGGAGCUAACCCUAAACUUCAAUGUCCCGACUCAAGGAAGUUAGUAGCAGGACUUUUGGGAGUAGAAUCAGGUCAAGAUGCAGUGAUAAGAACAAUGUUAUAUGCGAGGGCUACUCACAUAGUCCAUCCUUAUGGUAUCCCGGUCGCGGCUUUCACGGAUAUGAUCUCUGAUCUAAGGAACAAAUUGGGAAAAAUGGGAGUGAAAGACGAGGGAUUGGUCGUGCCUAAAGCCAUGGGUGCAGAAGGACAAAUUGCCGGGAAUGUAUUGGUUGGUAAUGAGUUUUCUCUUUCGUUUGAUAGAACACCGGAGGAGAUUCUAAGGAUUGUGUAUGGAAGUGGAAAUGAAAGUGUUCCCGGUGGAUUCUACCCUAAAGGGGCUGAUGGAGAAAUUGCCAAGUCAUAUUUGGUUAAAUCAUAA